AUGCCCACAUGUCCAGUUUGUACCCAAGAGAUCAACGCCGACCCAGGUGCAUUCCAACAUCAUGUUAAUCAACACUUUGAUCCUUCACCUUCUCCUACCGUAGUACUUCCACUCGCUUCCCCCGUAUCGAGGACCAUAGCCGAUAACAUAUCGAAGGAUCCUCUCACUUGUGUCGUCUGCGGUUAUCCAUUAGAAUCAUUAUCAUCCAAUGAGAGGUUCAUUCAUGUCAACGGAUGUCUAGAUGAGGGGAUGGACAUAAUGGAGCGAGACGAUUUUGGAGUGGCGAGAAGUAGAUCAUAUACUAGUACAACGCAUGGUGGCGAAGAACCUGAUUACGAUCUCACGCAAAUGAGGAGAGAACAGGAUGAUGAUGAUGAUUUCGUAGAGGUGGAAUGGGAGGGACCAGCAAGACCUGGUGGUUGGCAUGAUUGGGCGGGGAAAAAACCACAUAGAGGGGAUAGAUGGUGGGAUCCCAUACAAGCCAUUGUUAAAGACAACAAUCUUCCUGCGAAUUUCUCACCGGGGUUGAUGCCUGUAUUGGACCAAUUACUCAAGAAGUCGGUGGCGGAGGGAUACACAAAAUCUGCGGUACUUUGCAGCGACACGGUUCAUAUCAAAGGUGCUUGGGGAUUUGACAUGGCUUGGGGUUGUGGAUAUAGAAACGCUCUCAUGUCAAUCUCAGCUUUACUCAUCUCUCGACCAGCCUACCGACCGGUCUUUUCCAAAGAGGCCAAUGGAGCUGAACCGGGGGUAAGGAGGAUACAAGGAUGGAUUGAAGAAGCUUGGGAGGAAGGAUAUGAUCGUCAAGGUGCGGAACACUUCAAGGGAAAGCUAUUGGGAAGUAGGAAAUGGAUAGGGACUUCUGACCUUUAUGCCAUGUUCACAUCGAAAGGCAUACCGGCAGCAUGGCAUCUUCAACAAUGGGUCAAACAGUAUUUCAACGAAGAUACACCUCAUCGACCAGAACCCAAUCGCACCUCAGCAUUUGAUGUCCUAAUGCGCACCGAAGCCAACGGUCAAGGGAGAGGAGAAGUCGUCCGUCAAUCUUCGAAAUUACCUCUCAUACUUCAACACUCUGGGCAUUCUCGGACUAUCGUAGGAUACGAAGAGACCUCUCGGGGGGAUAUCAAUUUGUUACUUUUUGAUCCUGGCAAAUCUGUACCUAGACCUCUUCGAUCUCAAGCUAUCUCCCAACUAUCCACCACUCCUUUACCUCGAAGAAAAACUUUAUCUCGUACUCACCCAUUCACAAAAUCCCAUGAAUCUUUAUCUUUUUCUCGACCUAUAUCCAACGGAGCUUCAGAAAUCGUUCCAUCCCCCUUCCCUGACAAUUCUCCAUCUCUUCCACCUUCACUCCGUUCCCGUGCUUCCCGAAUAGAAUCAAUUCGGGCUAUAUCAAUAUCUUCCAUACCUUCCCGUUCUGCCUCUUCAUCAUCAGGUAUACCUUCCAAUAUAGCUACUGCAUCAUCAUCAUCUCGUAUAACUCGUGUCGCAACAAUAUCUUCUUCCAACAGUGAACCACCUUCUCUCCGAGAAACCUCAACUUCGUCUUACGUCUCACCGAACAGAUUAGCGGGUGGAAGUAAACCUUCUCAUUUGUUAGCUUCUGAUGAAGAAACCGAUUCUGCCGGUUGGGUACGAAAAAACCUUCGACGAGCGAAUAUCGCUUUGAACAAAAAUGCCUCAGAUACCAAGAUGUUGGAUAUCUUUCGAGUUGGAUUAGGAGGGUUGAGUGGGAAAGGUGAAUAUCAAAUUUUGAGAUUUACAGGAGGUAAUAUUUUGGAUAAUAGGGAGAAGGAGAAUAGGAAAGUGAUUAAUAGUUCUGUCAUCAUUUGA